AUGUGGGUUCUGUUUGUACAUGGAACUGAACUUAGCAAAACAUCUUGUCCAUUUCCUCCAGAGUUUAAAAAUUAUUAUGAUUUCAAUUGGGAACUGCGAAAUAAUGAAUGGAUAAAUACAAAAAGUAAAACGAAUUAUUUGCUUUUAAGUCUAUCAUGGUCACCGACAUUUUGUGCAUCACUCUCAGACAUUGCACGUGUUAAAGAAUUUCAAUGUCAUCGAAGUGAUAUAUUUGAUUUCGUUGUUCACGGUCUUUGGCCACAAACAUUUAAAGCUGCAUCAGUUCGAGAUCAACCUCGGAAUUGUCGGAAUGAACAACAACUUCCUCUCUCAAUCAUUAAACGUUUUUACUGCCUGAUGCCCGAUGAAGAUUUAAUGCAAGCUGAAUGGGAAAAACAUGGUAAGGUACCUAAUAUUCGUGCUAUGAAACAACCAACAUCGUCAUCAAUUAAAAAUGCUUUUCUUACAUUAAAUUCACCUCAUUUAUUUCCUUCAGCCAUAGAUGUUCAUAUCGACAAACAAGGUCGAUUACAUGAAAUUCGACUCUGUUAUGAUCUUCAAUACAAAUUCAUUAGUUGUACACAAUGA